AUGUAUCUAGACGGCCGUCGGGAUGCUGGGCACCGUGGGUACUCUCUACAGCAGUCCACGAGACCACAGACCCUCGGCUAUGGGCUUUCAGACUCACCGGUCGCACAGGCUGCCUGGGUUUAUGAAAAAUACAGAGAUUGGUCGCAUCAUGAUGGCAAUCUGGAGGCGGUGUUUAAAAAGGACGAGAUGCUCGACACGAUCAUGUUGUACUGGAUCUCUAACUCUGGCACUUCAUCCGCACGUCAUUAUUGGGAGAACCAGUUCGAUUGCACCGCAUGGCCCAUAGACAUACCGGUUGGCGUGAGUUGGUUCGGCGGCGAUAAUAGUUAUGCACCAAAGGAAUGGUGCGAAAGGUACUACAAGAACAUUAUACAUUGGAAGGAGACGGCUAGAGGUGGCCACUUUGCGGCAUGGGAGGAACCAGACGUCUUUGUUGCGGAGAUACGCGAGUGGCGAAGCAAAAUCAGGUGA